AUGAAUUAAGGUAAUUAAGACAAGAGAAAAUAAAGAGAUUAUGAAGAUGAGGAUUCAGAGGAAGAGGAAAUCGAACAACCAAUAAAUGUGCAUAAUAAGGGAGAUAUGGAAGAGGAAAUCAAUCUGGACUUUGUCUUCCUCGAUCCAAAUCAAAAAUAAUUUCACUCUAUUAAAUCAUUCAUCAAUGGCUAUCUGGAGGGAAUUAGCUUUAAAUCCUCUGAGUUGGCCAACAUCAUAUGUGAUCAAGUUGAAUUGGGAACCAUGGUUGGACAAGAAGACGAAGACAAUGUUUUUGGGUUUACUACAAUAUUAAAUAUUGGUGAAAUUAAGUAAUUUAGAAUUUAAUCAUCAAUAGGAGCAAUGCCAUUGGUGAAAUCUUGCAUUAUGUCGAUACUAAAUCACAACAAUACAAUAAGUAACAUCAACAACUGUAACACAUCUUUCAAACACCGAAGAAAAUAGGUUUAUUUAUAAAUGAGAGGAUUCUUAAUUUGGCUCCACAACUCGUCCCCAUUUUACACAAUCAAUUGGUAAUCCCUUAUUUCAUUUUAGAAAGAAGACAUCAAUUGGUUAUAAAAAGAAAACCCUUCGAAUUCCCUCACCAACCUAGAUUACUUACUCGUCAUUACUAAGUGUUUUAAGGAUAAUGACUAACAAAAACAAACACAAAAAGUAAACUCUACUCUAAACCCUAGAAAUCUACUUCAGAUCUUAAUGAUUUGAUAUUCUAAAAGUUCGAGGACUAUGUCUUUUUGGAAAAGUCUGUAGUUUCAUUUCGAUUCCUGAGCGAAGGAUCAAAAUAGACUCAAUAGGUUUCUGACUAUAUGAAGACUGACCAAGAAGGUUAGAUUUGCUAUAGAUUGAUCUAUCUGAUACAAUUGAAGGAUUACCUAGCAUAAAUUGUGAAUAUUGAAAAAUAUGUAUAAUAAUGA